AUGUCUGUUCUCUGUUCCCCACUUAAUUCCACGCGACAUUAUUUCCAAUGCAUUGGGGUUUCAAGAUAUCCGGUUCAUGGAUCGUGUUAUGCUCAGCCGAGACCAUUGUUAGUUGCUGGCCCGCUCCAUAGUAUGGAGCUUGGCAGAGAACAGGGCAAAGGCUCGGUUCACUUUGGCUUAGAGGAGAAAUUAAAGAAGAGAGUUUUGCUCACCUUUCUGGUUGGACCAAUCAUGUGGUCUACAUUACCGUCUUUCGGGAAGACUAAGAAAGAAAACCCCUAUAACGAAAGACGUCUUCUCGAGCAGAACAAGCGGAUUCAGAGCGAGAAUAACGUGCCUGAUGAAUUCCCUAAUUUUGUUAGAGAAGGUUUUACCGUAAAAGUGGUGAUAUCAGAAAACUAUGUCACGCGCGACUCGGGUCUUAUUUUGUGGGACAUUGCAGUUGGUCAAGGUGAAUGCCCAAAGGCUGGUCAGCAGGUGAUAUUUCACUAUGUUGGUUACAAUGAGUCCGGGCGGCGUAUAGACAGCACUUACAUACAAGGUUCCCCUGCCAAAGUUAGGCUGGGCAAUAAUGCUUUGAUUCCAGGGUUUGAGGAAGGGCUUAGAGACAUGAAGCCCGGAGGAAAACGGAGAUUAAUUAUUCCUCCAGAGCUUGGACCCCCCGUAGGACCUUCCACUUUCUUCAGCUCCAAGCAAUUUGAAGUAUUUGAUGUAGAAAUGCUGAGCAUCCAAGAUUGCACGAGGAGGACGAUCGGAUUUUAUUCGGAUGUUGUCUGCAGUUGA